CAGUUGGAGUGCGACAUGGCAACCACGGCAGCGACCACCAAGGUUCCUGAGGUGCGGGAUGUGACUCGGAUUGAGCGGAUUGGUGCUCACUCCCACAUCCGAGGCUUAGGGUUGGAUGAUGCUCUGGAGCCCAGACAGGUGUCCCAGGGCAUGGUGGGACAGCUGGCCGCCCGGCGGGCUGCUGGUGUGGUGCUGGAGAUGAUCCGGGAGGGGAAGAUAGCUGGUCGGGCCGUGCUCAUUGCUGGGCAGCCUGGCACAGGGAAGACGGCCAUUGCCAUGGGUAUGGCCCAGGCCCUGGGACCGGACACGCCAUUCACCGCCAUUGCUGGCAGCGAGAUUUUUUCUUUGGAAAUGAGCAAGACAGAGGCCCUGACCCAGGCUUUCCGCAGGUCCAUUGGGGUCCGAAUAAAGGAAGAGACUGAGAUCAUUGAAGGGGAAGUGGUGGAGAUCCAGAUUGACCGGCCUGCUACAGGAACGGGCUCCAAGGUGGGGAAGCUGACGCUGAAGACUACGGAGAUGGAGACCAUCUAUGAUCUGGGCACAAAAAUGAUUGAGUCCCUCACCAAGGAAAAGGUCCAAGCAGGAGAUGUCAUCACCAUCGACAAGGCCACGGGCAAGAUAUCUAAGCUGGGGCGCUCCUUUACCCGGGCCAGGGACUAUGAUGCUAUGGGCUCCCAGACCAAGUUUGUUCAGUGUCCGGAUGGGGAGCUUCAGAAGAGAAAGGAGGUUGUGCAUACGGUGUCUCUCCACGAGAUUGAUGUCAUCAACUCCCGCACCCAGGGCUUCCUGGCACUCUUCUCAGGUGACACCGGGGAGAUCAAGUCUGAGGUGCGGGAGCAGAUCAAUGCCAAAGUCGCCGAGUGGCGAGAGGAAGGCAAGGCUGAGAUCAUUCCUGGGGUGCUGUUCAUAGAUGAGGUUCACAUGCUUGACAUCGAGAGCUUCUCUUUCCUCAACCGGGCCCUGGAGAGUGACAUGGCGCCUGUGCUCAUUAUGGCUACCAACCGAGGCAUUACCAGAAUCCGGGGUACCAGCUACCAGAGUCCCCACGGCAUUCCCAUUGACCUGCUAGAUCGGCUGCUCAUUGUCUCUACCACGCCUUACAGUGAGAAGGACACAAAACAGAUUCUCCGGAUCCGGUGUGAGGAGGAGGAUGUGGAGAUGAGUGAAGAUGCUUAUACGGUGCUGACCCGGAUCGGCCUGGAAACCUCUCUUCGGUAUGCCAUUCAGCUCAUCACAGCCGCCAGCCUGGUGUGCCGGAAGCGCAAGGGCACCGAAGUGCAGGUGGACGACAUUAAGCGGGUCUACUCUCUCUUCCUGGAUGAAUCUCGGUCCACACAGUACAUGAAGGAGUACCAGGACGCUUUCCUCUUUAAUGAGCUAAAGGGUGAGACCAUGGACACCUCCUGAGCGACCGCAGACGCAGACUCCCCGAGCUCCUGCCCCACUUUUGUACCCGAGUUGUGACACUGACUUUCUAUAAAAUUGUUCUGGAAA